GAACAAAAAAGUAAGAGUUGCGUCAACUGGAAUCACUUACCUGAUGUUCUUCUUGAAGAAAUAUUUGCUUUUCUGACAAUGAAAGAACGAUAUAAUGCUUCUCUUGUAUGUAGAAACUGUGGCUGGCAUCAUGUUGUAGAUCACAUGAGAAUUAUAAUUUGCUUAAACAAUGUCGGGAAGCAUAUUAGGUCUCUGAUAUUUGAACCAAUGAUGAAUUCACAUAAUUUCUAUGAUUUUAUGAAUAUGAUAUUUCGGUAUUAUAAAAUACAAGAAUUAUAUACCGAACCUUUGGAACAUAAAACUCAUAUUCACAAAUUAAAACUUACUUCGCCUCGUGACAGAAUUUAUAAAAACAAUUCUGAUGUCAUGACGCUUUAUGGAACUGGAAUAAAAUUUUUUGAAACAGUUAUAAAGCUCAUUGGUUGCUUCUGUAAUAUGAAAUGUUUAGAACUAAUAGACUUCAUGAUGAAUAGUGAAGAAGCAAUACAUAUAAUGGAUAAAAUUUGCAAAUGUAAUAGACAAACUUUGUCAAAACUGAUAUUAAUAAAUGCAACUAGAUGUCCUUGUCCUAUUACACAUUUUGCAGUUUUUAAAAACUUACAUACACUAGUUAUUAGCCCACAAAAUCUUAGCGAAACUGUGCUUGCAGAGUUGGGCUGUAUAAGAUUACGACAUCUUCAUAUUCUACAAAAUCAUUACAGCAUUAAAGAAUUAUCCUUGAAUUUGCCCAAUAAUGUCUCCUGGAAGAAAUUGAAACAAAAUAAUCCAAAAUUAAAAAUUCAUCUUGAAAUUGAGAGUCGAAAAAAAUCAGAUGUGAUACUAAAUAUAAAUGAACAUGAAAUUCCUUUUCACAGUAUAGUUUUAGAUAAUCCAAACACACAAGUAUUAUGGACAACAAUUUUAAAUCACGCGAUGAACUUUGGAAGAACAUUACAUGUUUAUGCCUUAAAAGGAUUAACAGUGCAUUAUUUAGAAAAAGUAUUUGCCAAGAGAAUAGAUGAAACUAUUGUAAAAUUCUGCAAAUUGUGUCCUAAUCUUCAUACAUUGAUGAUCCGCUACAAGCUUUCAACCGCCACACUUUUAGAAAUUGUUUCUACCGCAAAAUCGUUGCGAUUCUUAUAUGUGCGGCGUAAUGUCAUUCUGAAGAAAUUCGAUGCAGAUUGGUUGAGCGUUAGUGACUGGUCGCCAGAACAUUGCAAGUGGAUAAAAGAAAACUGCAAAACUUAUGAAAAAACUGAGCAAGAAAUUUCAAGAAUAUUAGGAUACCGAUGGCGUAUGCUUUCUGAAAAAGAAUUUGCAAAACAAACAAUAAGGUUGUACGUAUAAAAAAAAUCAUCAUCAACAAUCUUAUUUUUGUAUGGCAUUAUUUUCUGCUAUUACUAAAACUUUAUUUUAACUUAAUUUGAUUACUAGAAUCCAAAUGUGUACUUAAUGCGUUUCUUAAAUGCUUUUAUGUGU